AUGAAAUUGAGUACGUUAAUAGGGGUUUGGGGGGUUGUAUCGACAUCUGAAGCCUUAUCUUUCGGAAUGCCGUUCAUGAAAGAGAUUAAGCAGUCGGUUUUCAAGGUGGAUGCGGAAAUGGAAGCAAUUGAGCAUGAUAUUCCUAAAGAAUUCGAUUUUUUGGCUGAUCAGAGAAAAAAAUUGGGUAAUAUUAAGGAGAGCUUCGAUGAAGAUGUGGUCUAUGCUUGGAAAGAGAUGCAGAAGAAGUUAUCCCCUCAAAGGUUACAGAAAAAGAUUGAUGAGUAUAAUUCCCAAUUUAAGGUUUCAUCUAAAAAUAUGAACAAUAGGGUUAAAGAAACGUUCAAGUCAUACUCUUCUGGUGACGAUUUUGAGGUUUUGUCAACCGAGAGGUUUGCGGAGCAUACUUUAAGAAUCAAGGAAACGAAUCCCGAGGUUCUUGGUUUAGAUACUGUUAAACAAUAUACCGGGUAUUUGGAUGUCAAUGAUUUGGAUAAGCAUUUUUUCUACUGGUUUUUUGAGUCGAGAAACGAUCCGGAAAAUGAUCCAGUUAUCUUAUGGUUGAACGGAGGCCCGGGGUGUUCGUCAGCCACCGGGUUAUUUUUUGAGUUGGGACCAUCUCUGAUCAAUGCUACAUUACAACCAGAGUAUAAUCCAUACUCUUGGAACUCAAAUGCGUCUGUUAUCUUUUUGGAUCAACCAGUGGGGGUAGGUUACUCAUAUACCAACGGCGAGGAAAUCAAGAGCACUGCAUCUGCCGCUAAAGAUGUAUUCGUAUUCUUGGAAUUAUUCUUUCAGAAGUUUCCACAGUUUGUAAAGAAUCCAUUCCAUAUCGCUGGUGAAUCGUAUGCUGGCCAUUAUAUCCCAAGUUUCGCCAGUGAAAUUAUUAAUCACGCAGACAGGUCGUUUGAAUUAAGUUCUGUAUUGAUCGGAAAUGGUAUUACUGAUUCUCUCAUUCAAUCGGCGUAUUACAAGCCAAUGGCAUGUGGUGAAGGUGGCUACAAACAAGUCGUUACUGAUAAAGAAUGUGAGAGAAUGGAAAAGGACUACCCACGAUGUGCUGCCUUGACAAAGAUCUGUUAUGAUACCCCUAGCGCAUUAACAUGUGUUCCCGCAAAUUUCUAUUGUGAAGAAAGAUUAUUUGGACCAUACCAAAAGACCGGCUUAAACCCUUACGAUAUUAGAACUACAUGCAAGGGUGAUUUGUGUUAUGAAGAUUUGGCGUAUGUGGACGAAUACUUGAACCUCGAUUUCGUGAAGAAUGCAGUUGGUGCCUCGAACAUCGAAAUGUUCAGCAGUUGCGAUGACACCGUAUUUAGGAACUUCUUGUUCAACGGGGAUGGUGCUAAACCAUUCCAGCAAUAUGUAGCUGAAUUACUCGAUAAGAACAUUCCCGUCUUAAUUUAUGCUGGUGACAAGGACUUCAUUUGCAACUGGCUAGGCAACCAUGGCUGGUCUGAUGCUCUAGAAUAUAAUGGCCACGAAGAAUUUGAACUGAAGCCGUUACAGCCAUGGUAUACUUCAGACAAGAAAUUGGCCGGGGAAGUUAAGAACCACGGUAUUUUUACUUUCUUAAGAAUCUACGACGCAGGCCAUAUGGUUCCAUAUGACCAGCCUGCAAGUGCCCUAGACAUGGUCAACAGAUGGAUUCAAGGUGACUAUACCUACGGUUAUUGA